AUGUCAAAAAGCUAUAAUCAAUAUAAUAAUCAACAUAAUCAAGAUAAUAGACAAGGGAAUUCAGAAUUCUAUGAUGAGGAAGAAGCGGAUCAAUGGAGACAUCGACAACAGCUUCAAAAAAAAGAUCAUGAAGAACGUCCUGUUCCAAAGAGAACUCCCGACGAAGUUUGGCUGAUUCCUCCAAAUGUUCGUCCAGUUGAUAUUCUCGGAGAGAAAAGGUUUCACGUGCAACGUAUCGAAAAACUGACGAAUACUCAUAUGAUUUAUAAUGAGGAUGAAGCUCAAAUCGAAAUUUGGGGUGCGCGUGAAGAUAUCGACCAAGCUCUUAAACAAUGGUUUGCUCUCUCCGAAACCGUACUAACAAAAGAUUUACAAGAGCGCAGCAAAAGAAAAGUUAAAGGUUGGGCAAAACCUGAAAAGGCUCUUAGUGAGAAACAAAAACGUAAAAUAGAACGUAGGGAAGCUCGAGAACGUGAAGACCGCGAUUACAGAGGAUUUCCACCUGAUCGAAAACCUUUUAACGGGCACUUUGUUUUUCCUAAUUCCGAAAUUCCUAUCUCACGAAUUAUUGGCGAGAAAGAAGAGACUCUGCAUCCAUUAAUAAGAAUUGUUGGUGAUACUUAUGAUUCCGUUGAAGAAGCAACGAUGCGAGUCAAGCAUUUGUAUAUUAAAGUAGUUGCGUCCAGGUCCGUUCCUAAUGUAACAAAUAAGGAUAAUGCGAUCGUUUAUAAAGGCUGGGUGCUUCAUAUGAUAGAACCGCCGAAUAAACCUUAUAAAGUUAGAAUAGCAAAUCCCGCGCCUUGGUUCAACAAACCGCAUGAUGUCUUUGGAUUGUUCAAACUCCUUGAACCUGUUCUUGAGGGAGAUAAAAUUUCGGUUGUCGGUAAAAACGGAGGUUCAAGAGAAUUAAAUCCAAACUCUAAUUUCGAUGCUUUGCACAAUAUUCGUGUGUCAAAUGUGAAAAGGAUCGAGGAUGCUCUUAUUAAAGCUUUUGGAACCAUUCACUUAUUUGACGAAGAAAUUAAAAUGCGUAUUAGAUUUGGCCAUGUGUGCUUAACAGAUUUUCCCAGAGAACCAUUAUGGGCUAUCGAUCGACUUAAUGAUAAGAUUCUGAGUGAUUCUCGUUUACAAUCUAAAUUUGCUACUAUUGCUAAUCAUUUCAGACAAUUAGAUGCUUUAUUUGAAAUUCUCUCCGAUUGUGAUCGACAAUGGGAUGGGUCACCAUUUCGAGAAUAUAAAAUUCUUGUAAUCCGUAGACCACCUCCAAUGGGUCGCAAUGCUCGCGUAGAACCCUGGCCGUGUGCUUUUGAUGUCCAGUUUAAGGAAGAUGGAAAGAUUGGCCUGUGGAAUGUAACUACACAUGAUAAGAACAUAUUGGACAUCAACAUGUCAUGUUUGGAUAAUGUUUACUCAUGGAAACUCAACAUCAAAACAGCAAAACGCCUUCCUAAUGACAAGUUUAAUGCUUUAGGAACUUUUGUUUAUAAAUUACGACUUAGCCAAAAUAAUGAACACUUGGUUUAUUCAAACACUGAUGAAAUAAACGUUACCUCAGUGUGUGAAAAAAACAGAUGGAAAUAUUGGUGGGGCGAUCAUUAUGUUGUAGAAGUUACAAGGUAUAAAUUUUGGGACUUAAAAGAUAAGAUAACUAGUUCUCCCGGUGUCGAAGUUCCUUUGGAUAAAGAAUCAGCUGCUGUUACCUAUGGAGUUUCAUUUUACAGAAAAUCUUGGGAAGAUAAUUUUGCUUUUAAUAGCAAUUUGAAUGUCGGAGAAACACCCGAAUGGCAUCCUUAUGAUAUUAUGGAAGAAACUGGAGGAGUCAAUGCCCUCUUAAGCGAAAUUCGAAACUUUUUGGAAGUACUUCAGGAUAAACUUCCACUGCCUGUAGGUAAUAGGCAAUGA